AAUUAGGCUACACUUAUUGUGAAAAAUGUAACCGGAAGUAACUUCUACUUUCAUUUAGUCCAUCUGGCGACGACAUGUGAGUUGACUUGAACAGGAAGAGGAAAAAACGGCUACAGACGUACCGGGUCGAGUGAAAGGCAGGGUGGAACAGGACCUUUGAAGAAGCUAAGCCAGUCUGCUGAGACGUUUCUAACAGCAAGGAGAGUUUGUUCGAGCCGAUACAGGAUGUCCGGGCAGAGCAUCACCGACAGGAUCACGGCCGCUCAGCACAGCGUCACCGGCUCGGCGAUUUCCAAAACUGUCUGCAAGGCAACCACUCAUGAAAUUAUGGGGCCGAAGAAGAAACACUUGAACUACUUGAUCCAGUGCACCAACGAGAUGAACGUGAACAUCCCUCAGCUGGCUGAUACCCUGUUUGAGCGGACUGCCAGCACCAGCUGGGUGGUUGUCUUCAAGUCUCUCACCACCACACACCAUCUGAUGGUCUAUGGCAAUGAGAGAUUUAUACAAUAUCUGGCUUCAAGAAACACACUUUUUAACCUCAGCAACUUUUUGGACAGAAGUGGCCUUCAAGGCUACGAUAUGUCGACGUUCAUCAGGAGGUACAGCCGCUACCUGAACGAGAAGGCUGUGUCCUACAGACAGGUCGCAUUUGACUUCACUAAAGUGAAAAGAGGAACAACGAGGCGACUGCUGAAGGUCACAGCUGCUGCCAAAAAGCCACCAAAGGCAGAUUACAGUGUCAACGCCAAUGAACUGACAAACGGUGUGAUCAACGCAGCCUUCAUGCUUCUGUUUAAAGAUGCGAUCCGGCUGUUUGCGGCCUACAACGAGAGCAUAAUCAACCUGCUGGAGAAAUACUUUGACAUGAAAAAAGUUCAAUGCAAAGAAGGACUGGACCUCUACAAGAAGUUUCUAACACGAAUGACAAGAAUCUCCGAGUUCCUCAAAGUUGCAGAGCAAGUUGGAAUUGAUCGAGGAGAUAUCCCAGACCUGUCUCAGGUGAGCCUUCACACAAACACAGUCGUUUACCUCAACUCUCACUUCCUGGUACCAAACAUGGACCGGUGCCGGCCCGGGGCUCGGGGACCGCUGCUGUUGGAGAUGCCUGGAGCGGCUGCUUGGUGCUCUCACUGUUCUUUCAUUGAUGUAUUUUUCCUGAUCUCAUAUCUUCUUCAUCUUCUCUUAUUGCAUGUGUGCUGCUGCUGCUGUGAGUCAGACUCUUUCUGUGGGCCGUGCCCGUCCAGCACCGCUGCUCUGUUCCACUCUGAGCCUGCUGCAGCUGGUCUGUUCACAGGCUUUACGGCCUCCCCGGCUCCUCAGCAGCCACAGAAGCUGCGAGGCAUCAAUGCAGAAUUUGACUCCGUGUUUGGCAACAACACUAAUGCCAACAACCUGGAUUCCACAGAUGUUUUAGGUGGCAUCCUCAAACCUACAGUGGUAUCCUCACCACAUCAGCGCAUGGCUUUAAACGGCCAGCAGCCCCACCCCAAGCUGGUAUGUGAUGAUCUGGAUUCGUCGCUCGCUAAUCUUGUUGGCAAUCUUGGAAUUGGGAACGGCAGAGCGAAGAACGAUCUUCACUGGAAUCAGUCGGAUGAGAAGAAGCUGACUGGAGGAACUAACUGGCUGCCCAACACAGCUCCUUCCACCACCUGGAACCCUGCAACCAUGGCGCCAUCUGCUGUGGCGUUCCCUGCAGCCACACCAGCGGGCAUGUUGGCAUACGCAAUGCCUCCCCGAAUGGGCUCCAUGAUGAUCACACAGCCUGCUAUGAUGUAUACUCAGCCUGUGAUGAGGUCACCCAACCCCUUUGGGCCCAAUCCUGGUGCUCAGACUGAAUCACUUCAGUGACUGACGCUCAGCAUGCUGCAUGGCUGUAUUUUCAUUAAGUUAUUGAUGCAGUUCAUGUAACCAGCCAGAGGGGGCGUCGUUCACAUCUGAGGAUGAUUCACAGCAAACUUCCUGUUUGCUUCUAAUGAACUCGCCUCUCUGAGAACGAACGGCUCAGAAAAAGACGUCUUGAAUAAGAUCUCAGUGACUUGGAGUGGCUGUUGUGCCUCUCUGAUUAAAUCCAAGUCGUAAAAGGAGAGAAUCGUGCUUGCUGCCAUUUCAAACCAUGCAAACAGGACAUUUCCUGACUAUGUCUUUGAUUAAGAGAAACUCAACCUCCAUAGGAAGAGCUUUUUGAUAUCACUGCUUUAUCUGGCGGGGAAAAUCACGCUGCUUUGUGGCCACGCCUCCUGCUGUUUGAUUUGUCUGUUUCGUUCUCCUGUCCAGGCGAGGCUGGGAGAGUCGAUUCUUUCAAUGAUUGUUUAUGAUUAACCUCUUUAAGCAUCCUCAUGUUAGCAAAACAAGCAAACUCCUGUUAUGAUAUCUUGUUUGCAGUAGUUUGUGUGUUGUUUGUAUUUAUUUAUAAUUCCCACAGACUGAGUAAAAACAAAAACUGCUCUCUGACCUGUUAGGGAGCGUCUUCAGGUUCAUCAUUAUUCUUGAUUGGAUUUUGUGUGAUUGAGAUUAUUUAAAAAACAAAAGAAGUUAAUAUAAAGAGAUGUUUGAUGUCACUAAAUCGUCUUUGUAUUCUGGUUGUGUGGCUCAGAAACACUGAGAUGUUAACGUGAUCAUUCAUUAGUACCAGCAAACCACUGGACUCAGUUUCUAUGAGUCUGCUGUUUGACCAUCAUUCUGCAUGUAGUCAUCAGGACAGUGUUGCACUGAAUACUCAUUUAUGCUUUUGAUGCUUGACAUUUACUCUUACAGGUGUGUGUGUGUGUGGGGGGCAGGUGGGUGUGUGUGGGUGGGUGUGGGUAGAGACAGAGUAGCUGUUGAUCAGUGCUCUGUGUAUGUAGACGUCGUGCUGCCAGUCACAGGAUGGGUGGUUGCAGGUAUGAAAGACUGUUUAAACAUGACUGCAUUAGCUUUGUCACUCAGAUUAUAAAGUACAUAUUUCCACA